UUUUAUUUGGUUGAAAUCUCCUUCCGCAAACAAUGUUCGAUGUUUCCAAUGUAUUUCAUCGUAGGGAUGGUUUUCAAUGCUUAGUCUUCAUUCACAGUGUACAUAGCGAACAACUGUACGAUGACAGGUCGGUCAGUUUGAUGCUAAAAAGUGAAUCUCUACAUGUUCUACCGGUUCUAUCUGUUUGUUGUGUUAGGUUCACGGUGAAUAACAAAAUGAAUUUGCCCCAAAUAAAAGAGGAAUCUGUUGAAGUGCCAAACGAAGCUGAAUGCAUCAAGGAGGAUAGUAUUAUUAAAAUCGAACCAGCACGCCUGCCGGAUGACGUCCUCCCGAACACAUUGACUGAUGGUAGACAGCUGAAAGCUAAGGGGAAGUCUUUCGAAUGCAAUGAGUGUGAAAAAAAAUUUGCCUUUCGGAACUCCCUUAUUUCGCACAAGCUGACGCAUUCGGAUGCUGGAUGCUUCAACUGCAAUCUUUGCGACAAGAGAUUCAAGGAACAGGUGGUUUUGAGGAGGCAUUUGAAAAGGCACAGGAGGAAUGUUAUAUGUAAUGUCUGCGGAAAAGGUUUCCUUUAUCAGUCUAUGCUAAAGAAGCACGCGCUGACUCACUCGGAAGAUCACACCAAUGUCAGCAGGCCUUUCGAAUGUGACGUGUGUGGGAACGAUUUUGCCGUACGAGGCAGCCUGACCCGGCACAAGUUGAUUCACUCCAAUGAGCGAUCUUUCAAGUGCGAGUUCUGUGACAAAACGUUCCACGAAAAGUACGCCCAGUUGAGGCACCAGAAAAGUCACUUCAAAAAAGAGAAAUCUUUCGCGUGUGACGAGUGCCCAAAAACAUUCGCUUACAAUCAAUCACUGACCGAUCACAAGCUCAUUAUUCAUUCCACAGAACAAGCAAACAAAUGCCAAAUAUGUGGAAAAAGUUACCUUAAAAGAUACCUCAGGAUUCAUAUGCGAGUGCAUACUGGCUCUCAGCUCUACAAAUGCGAAGUAUGUGGAAAAAUCCUUUCGUCCAGAAAUGAACUCGCGAUUCACAUGACAAUUCAUCGUGGUGAAGAGCCUUUCAAGUGCGAGAUUUGCGGCAAAAACUGCUCCAGCAAAUUUUACUUGAAGGCACAUCUGAGAUUGCACACAGAGAAAGAUCUGUUCGGUUGCGACAUUUGUGGCAAACAAUUUACACUGAAAAGUAACCUGCAGUAUCACAUGGCAGUGCACCAAAAUAAACGACCCCACCAGUGUGACAUUUGCGGGAAAGGAUUUAUCACCGGUCCGCAAUUGUUGGCGCACUCACGCGUGCAUAUCGACGAACGGCCCCAUAAGUGCGACAUUUGUGGCAAGUCCUACCAGAAGACACGAUGGUUGGAAAACCAUUUGGUUGCGCACAACAGUGGCAAAGUUGUUGCGCCGACGAAAAGUAUGUACAUAGCGGACAACGGUAAGAUGACAGUUCGGUCAGUUUGAUGCUAAAAAGAGAAUUUCUACAUGUUUGUUGUGUUGAAGGUUCAGAUUGAAUAACAAAAUGAAUAUAUUCCAAAUAAACCAGGACGGCAAUGGUUGCAAAGAGGAAAGUUUUAUUAAAGUCGAAGA